AUGGCGACGGCGACGGCGGCGCCGAUUCUCAAAGUAGAGAUUGGCUCCUUCUACAUUCCCAAACACAACCCUUCAAAACCCCUCGGGGAAGACGCCCACUUCGUAUUUUCCGAUAAAUUGGUUGCCGGCGUGGCGGACGGCGUUGGUGGUUGGGCUUCCAAGGGCAUCGACGCCGGCGUGUACGCCAGAGAACUCAUCGGGAACUGUGUAGUUGCUGUUUCCGGAGAUACCGGCACCGUCGUGAAACCAAAACGUGUAUUGACGGAGGCCCACUCCCGGACCACUGCCGCCGGGUCGUCGACGGCGUGUAUUGUCUCCUUCGAUGGUGAGUUUUUACGGGCGGCGAAUCUCGGCGACAGUGGGUUCAUGAUUUUCAGAGGCGGGAUGUUUUGUUACCGGUCGCCGGUGCAGCGGCGGGGGUUUAACCGUCCCUGUCAGAUGGGGAUUGGUGAGAAGUAUGAUAAGCCGGCAGCGGCGUGGAGUGGGAAGAUUCAGAUCGCGGCUGGAGAUGUAAUCGUAAUCGGAACGGACGGGCUUUUUGACAAUGUGUUCGCGAAGGAGAUUGAAGAUAUUCUGGUGGCGGAGGUGGCGGUAGAUACGGCAGAGAGUUUGGCCGGACUGUUGGCGGAGUUGGCGUUGUGUAACUCCUCCGAUACGUUAAAUGACGGGCCGUUUGCGAAGGAGGCUCGGGAGGCCGGCCGGAUCCACCGUGGAGGGAAGCUCGAUGAUAUUACCGUCAUUGUUGCACAAGUUACCGCGUCUUGA